UUAUCGUCCCUCUCUCCAUCGCCUCGUCGUCAUCUUCCCCGACACCUUCCGGUAGAGUCUUAGGGUUAGCGUGAUCUAGCGUCAGCUCUCCAAUCCCCAUCGCCUCCUUUCUCUUGUCGGAAACAGGUAUUAGGAUUGGAACUUUUAAAUUGGAAACCAACGUGAUCUGAAUCGCCUCCUCUUGUGCGCCCCCACACAAAGGCCUCUACAAACCUCACAUAGAAACCAUUGCCAUUUAAACCAAAACCUGCGAUUCUGUCACUUAAAAUGGACGAGGAUGGUAUUCAUCACGAUGACAAGGGAGUAGUUUUUGUGACUGUUGGCACUACUUCGUUCGAUGCUCUAGUUAAAGCAGUGAAUGCUGCUGAAGUUAGGAAAGAAUUGUACAAGAAGGGCUAUACCAAUAUAAUUGUUCAAAUGGGCCGUGGAACCUUUGUUCCCACGAAGUCUGCUUUAGAAGAUGGAUCUCCAGCCCUGGACUAUUUCACUUUCUCAUCGAGCAUUGCCGAAAACAUGAAAUCAGCAUCUCUUGUUAUUAGUCAUGCAGGAUCAGGGAGCAUAUUUGAGACAUUGAGGCUAGGCAAACCAUUGAUCGUGGUAGUCAAUGAGGAUUUAAUGGACAACCAUCAAAGCGAGCUAGCUGAAGAGCUCGCAGACCGAAACCAUUUGUUUUGCGCCCGUCCACAUUCGCUGUACCAAACCAUCAGAGACAUGGAUUUAGAAUCUCUUGUUCCAUAUCAACCUGGAGAUGCCAAGCCAGUAGCUCAACUCAUUUAUAGACACCUUGGUUUCCCGGAGUAAUGGUGAUGGUAUCUUGUCCUCAUAUGACCCAUUUGGUUGGUAUGUAUGCCCUUUAUCUGUUUUUCAUACAUCCGAUGUGGUUUCAUGCCUUCCAAAUAUUUUUGGUUCGUGACAUUUGACCCUCUUUGGGGGCCAAUGUCUUUGUUAGUCACACCCACCUUACCGGGCCAUCACUGUGAAUCAGCUCUGAUACCUUUUGAUAUAGGCCAAAUUGGAGAGUUCAUCUAAAGGGAAGUUUUGUAUA